AUGUCGGCAACAAAGAUCAAAAUCAUUGCCAACCCUCAGUACCAGAGAUCGGGUACAAAGUCGUACGUGCAUAUGAUGCGCAAGUACAACUUUAACCCGACCCAACCUGGUCCCUACUUCUUCAGCAAAACCAUGCACCAGACAGGCCGGCAGUACACCGAUAAGGCCGUCGGUGGGCGUGCGCAUAUGCGCAACGUGCUGCAGAAGAGGAAUGUCGACACCGACCAGGUGGGUGAGGUUGGUGCCGAUGAUGUGCAAAAUGAUUCAAUGUACCUCGCUCAAGUGGGCAUUGGUAGCCCGGCCCAGAACCUGAAUUUGGACUUUGAUACGGGGUCUGCCGAUCUAUGGGUCUGGUCGACUAAAUUGCCCUCGGCAACUCUGUCCCAGUACACCAAUCAUACGGUCUUUGACUCGAGCAAAUCGAGCACUUUUGAAAACUCGGAAGGUUCGACUUGGAAGAUCUCUUAUGGAGAUGGAUCCUCUGCUUCUGGUACGGUCGGCACCGAUAAUGUGAAUAUUGGUGGUUUGGUGGUGAAGAACCAGGCUGUCGAGUUGGCAGACACUCUGUCGGCCCAAUUCGCAAGCGGGGCUGGCGACGGUCUGCUGGGUCUUGCAUUCGGCAGCAUCAAUACCGUGCAGCCCACUGCCGUAGCCACCCCGGUGGAGAACAUGAUCUCCCAGUCCGACAUCCCGUCGACUGCCGAACUGUUCACUGCUAAGUUGGGAUCAUGGCGUGAUGCCGAUGAGCCUGACAAGGGCGAAUCAUUCUACACAUUUGGCUUCAUUGACCAGGCUACUGUGACGGCAGCUGGGGCCGAUAUCACCUACACCCCUGUGGACAAGAGCCAAGGAUUCUGGUUGUUCAAUUCUACUUCCGCGACCGUCAAUGGAAAGACGAUCACGCGGUCUGGAAACACUGCCAUUGCUGACACUGGUACUACUUUGGCUCUUGUGGAUGAUGCAACCUGCAAGGCUAUCUAUGAUACUAUUGAGGGAGCCUACUAUGAUAGUGACAGCCAGGGAUACAUCUAUCCUUCCGAUACUACUGUCGAUAAGCUGCCUGUAGUGUCCUUCGCAGUCGGCGACAAGCAAUUUGCUGUGCAGAAGGAGGAUUUGGGCUUCAGCGAGGCAAAGACCGGAUAUGUUUAUGGUGGAAUCCAGAGCCGUGGCGACAUGACCAUGGAUAUUCUGGGUGAUACCUUCUUGAAGGGAAUUUACGCAGUGUUUGACGUUGGCAACACUCAAUUUGGUGCUGUCCAGCGCAAGGAACUUAACCAGAACCUUGCUACUCCUCCUUCCGAGUAA